UCUGGGGGGCAUUUGGCAAGAUGAAGUCGAUUAUGAUCACUGGGUGCAAUCGGGGAUUGGGUCUCGGAAUUGUUCAACACUUGACGCAACUGCCCAAUCCACCGGACAAAAUAUUCGCAACCUGUCGGGACAUCGCCAGAGCACAAGAGUUGAAAAAAAUCGCUGAAAAAUGCAAAAACGUUCACAUAAUCGAGAUAGACCUGAAGGAUACGAAGAAAUACCCGGAGAUUGUUGAUUUGGUUGGGAAAAAAGUUGGGGAUGCUGGUCUCAAUGUUCUCUUCAACAAUGCAGGGAUUGCGACGAAGUACGCGAGGAUUGGGAUGGUGAAGGAGGAGCAGAUGACUGAAGUGUUCUUCGUUAAUACUGUCGUGCCAAUAAUGCUGACGAAGGCGUUCUUGCCACUCCUGAAGAAAGCAGCGAGUGGAAAACAGGGGAUGGGAGUCCAAAGAGCUGCUGUCAUCAACAUGACCUCGAUAAUAGGCAGCAUCCAGGACAACAACAUGGGGGGAUUUUAUCCUUAUCGAUGCAGCAAGACUGCUCUCAAUGCAGCAACCAAGUCCAUGAGCAUCGACCUCCUGGAUGAUGGCAUUCUUGUGGCCUGCAUGCACCCUGGAUGGGUGAAGACUGAUAUGGGGGGCGCCAAUGCUCCCCUCGACGUCGAUUCUUCAGUCUCAGACAUGAUCAGGACAAUUCAGGGUCUCGAUGAGACUCACAACGGGGCCUUCCUCCAACAUGAUGGCAAAGUCCUCCCGUGGUAGAAUAAAAAUUAAUGAUCCACUACUUUUUACAUUUUUAUUUUUUACUCUGUUCUGAUAUGAGUUUAAAUAAAUG